GGCGAGACCAGGAGCGCGCCACGCACCAGCCCGCGGGCUAGGAGGGGCGCACGUCGCGCCCCGUCGCCGCCACCGCCGCCGACCAGGAGCCGCCGCCGCCGCCACAGGUAACUGCAAAUGGUGCCUAUUGUCCGUGCUGUCCAGCGUGUGCCUGGCUGAUCCAUGGUCACUUUCCGGGAUGGCAGCAAGGUGACUUCAGCUGAGAAUGACCCUGACUGAAAGGCUGCGUGAGAAGAUAUCUCAAGCCUUCUACAACCAUGGACUGCUGUGUGCAUCCUAUCCCAUCCCCAUCAUCCUCUUCACAGGGCUCUGCAUUUUAGCCUGCUGCUGCCCACUGCUGAAACUGCCCUUGCCGGGGACAGGACCUGUGGAGUUCUCCACCCCUGUGAAGGACUACUCGCCUCCACCUGCAGACUCCGACCAUAGACGCACAGAGCCUGCCGAGCAGCCGGAGUGGUAUGUAGGUGCCCCAGUGGCUUAUAUUCAGCAGAUAUUUGUGAAAUCCUCAGUAUCUCCCUGGCACAAGAACCUCCUGGCAGUAGAUGUGUUCCGCUCACCUCUGUCUCGGGCAUUCCAGCUGGUGGAAGAGAUCCGGAACCAUGUGCUGAGAGACAGCUCUGGGCCCAGGAGCCUGGAAGAGGUGUGCCUACAGGUGACUGACUUGCUGCCAGGCCUCAGGAAGCUCCGAAACCUACUCCCUGAGCAUGGAUGCCUACUGCUCUCCCCUGGGAACUUCUGGCAGAAUGAUCGGGAGCGCUUCCAUGCUGAUCCUGACAUCAUCAGGACCAUUCACCAGCAUGAGCCCAAAACGCUACAGACUUCAGCCACGCUCAAAGACUUGCUGUUUGGUGUUCCUGGGAAGUACAGCGGGGUGAGCCUCUACACUAGGAAGAGGAUGGUCUCAUACACCAUUACCCUGGUCUUCCAGCGCUACCAUGCCAAGUUCUUGGGUAGUCUGCGUGCCCGCCUCAUGCUACUGCACCCCAGCCCCAACUGCAGCCUUCGAGCAGAGAGCCUGGUCCACGUGCACUUCAAGGAGGAGAUUGGUGUCGCCGAGCUCAUCCCCCUCGUGACCACCUACAUCAUCUUGUUUGCCUACAUCUACUUCUCCACACGCAAGAUCGACAUGGUCAAGUCCAAAUGGGGGCUAGCCUUGGCCGCCGUGGUCACAGUGCUCAGCUCGCUGCUCAUGUCCGUGGGGCUCUGCACACUCUUCGGCCUGACGCCUACCCUCAACGGCGGUGAGAUUUUUCCCUACCUUGUGGUGGUUAUCGGCUUAGAGAAUGUGUUGGUGCUCACCAAGUCAGUGGUCUCGACCCCAGUGGACCUCGAGGUGAAGCUGCGGAUCGCCCAAGGCCUAAGCAGUGAGAGCUGGUCCAUCAUGAAGAACAUGGCGACAGAGCUGUGCAUCAUCCUCAUUGGCUACUUCACCCUAGUGCCUGCCAUCCAGGAGUUCUGUCUCUUUGCCGUCGUGGGCCUAGUGUCUGACUUCUUCCUGCAGAUGCUUUUCUUCACCACUGUCUUGUCCAUCGACAUUCGCAGGAUGGAGCUUGCGGACCUGAACAAGCGGCUGCCCCCUGAGGCCUGCCUGCCCCCAGCCAAACCAGUGGGGCGUCCAGUGCGCUAUGAGAGGCCACUGGCUGCACGGCCAUCCACAGCCCACACCAUCACGCUGCAAACGUCUUCCUUCCGAAACCUGCGGCUCCCCAAGAGGCUGCGUGUCAUCUACUUCCUGGCCCGCACCCGCCUCGCACAGCGCCUCAUCAUGGCUGGUACUGUUGUCUGGAUUGGCAUCCUGGUGUACACAGACCCCGCAGGGCUGCGCACCUACCUCGCUGCCCAGGUGACGGAACAGAGCCCACUGGGUGAGGGUGCCCUGGCACCUGUGCCAGUGCCUAGUGGCGUGCUGCCCGCCAGCCAUCCGGACCCUGCCUUCUCCAUCUUCCCACCUGAUGCCCCUAAGCUGCUCGAAAACCAGACAUUGCCAGGUGAGCGGCCUGAGCCUGGGGGUCCCACAGAGGGUGUGCCUGACAGCCCUGUCCCAGAGGUGACCUGGGGGCCUGAGGACGAGGAGCUCUGGAGGAAGCUGUCCUUCCGCCACUGGCCUACGCUCUUCAGCUACUACAAUAUCACACUGGCCAAGAGGUACAUCAGCCUACUGCCCGUCAUCCCGGUCACACUCCACCUGAACCCCAGGGAGGCCCUGGAGGGACGGCACCCUCAGGACAGCCGCAGUGCCUGGCCUCGGCCUGGGCCGGUGCCAGCUGGGCUCUGGGAGGCCGGGGCCAGGGGCCCAGGCGAGGCACAGACACAUGGCGACAUCACGCUGUACAAGGUGGCGGCGCUGGGCCUGGCAGCAGGCAUCCUGCUCGUGCUGCUGCUGCUCUGCCUCUACCGCGUGCUCUGCCCGCGCAACUACGGGCAGCCCGGUGGCGGGCCCGGGCGGCGGCGGCGGGGAGAGCUGCCCUGUGACGACUAUGGCUAUGCGCCGCCGGAGACGGAGAUCGUUCCGCUGGUGCUGCGCGGCCACCUCAUGGACAUCGAGUGCCUAGCCAGCGACGGCAUGCUGCUGGUGAGCUGCUGCUUGGCCGGCCGCGUGUGCGUGUGGGAUGCACAGACCGGGGACUGCCUCACGCGCAUCCCGCGCCCUGGGCAGCGCCGGGACAGUGGUGUUGGCAGCGUGUUUGAGGCCCAGGAGAACUGGGAACGGCUGUCAGAUGGUGGCAAGGCUGGCCAAGAGGAGCCUGGGGACAGCCCUCCGCUGCGACACCGUCCCCGGGGCCCUCUGUCAUCUUCCCUCUUCGGGGACCAGCCAGACCUCACCUGCUUAAUUGACACCAACUUCUCAGCACGGCCACCGUCCCCAGAGCCCACUCAGCCAGAACCCCGGCAUCGGGCAGGCUGCAGCCGUGCUCGGGACUCCCUGGGCUACGACUUCAGCCGCCUGGUGCAGCGGGUAUACCAGGAGGAGGAGCUGGCAGCUGUCCACACGCCGGCCCUGCGGCCCCCCUCGCCUGGGCCUGUGCUGCCCCCGGGCCCUGAGGACGAGGGGGCCUGUCUCGAGAAGGGCUCCCCUCCUUUGGCCUGGGCCCCCAGCGCGGACGGUUCCAUCUGGAGUUUGGAGCUGCAGGGCAGCCUCAUCGUGGUGGGGCGGAGCAGUGGCCGCCUGGAGGUGUGGGACGCCAUCGAGGGUGUGUUGUGCUGCAGCAGCGAGGAGGUCUCCUCCGGCAUCACAGCUCUGAUCUUCCUGGACAAAAGGAUUGUGGCUGCUCGGCUCAAUGGUUCCCUUGACUUCUUCUCCCUGGAGACCCACACUGCCCUCAGCCCCCUGCAGUUCAGAGGGACCCCUGGGCGGGGCAGUUCCCCUUCAUCUCCCAUGUAUAGCAGCAGUGACACAGUGGCCUGUCACCUGACCCACACAGUGCCCUGUGCACACCAGAAACCCAUCACAGCCCUGAAAGCUGCGGCUGGGCGCUUGGUGACUGGGAGCCAGGACCACACGCUGAGAGUGUUCCGUCUGGAGGACUCGUGCUGCCUCUUCACCCUGCAGGGCCACUCUGGGGCCAUCACAACUGUAUAUAUUGACCAGACCAUGGUGCUGGCCAGUGGUGGACAAGAUGGGGCCAUCUGUCUGUGGGAUGUGCUGACUGGCAGCCGGGUCAGCCACAUGUUUGCUCACCGUGGGGACGUCACCUCCCUCACCUGUACCGCGUCUUGCGUCAUCAGCAGUGGCCUGGAUGACCUCAUCAGCAUCUGGGACCGCAGCACAGGCAUCAAGCUCUACUCCAUUCAGCAGGAUCUGGGCUGUGGUGCAAGUCUGGGUGUCAUCUCAGACAACCUGCUGGUGACUGGUGGCCAGGGCUGUGUCUCUUUUUGGGACCUAAACUACGGGGACCUGUUACAGACAGUCUACCUGGGGAAGAACAGUGAGGCCCAGCCUGCCCGCCAGAUCCUGGUGCUGGACAAUGCUGCCAUUGUCUGCAACUUUGGCAGUGAGCUCAGCCUGGUCUAUGUGCCCUCUGUGCUGGAGAAGCUGGAUUGAGACCUCCGUGCCCAGGCACAGGGGGGAGAAGCCUUGUGGGCCAAUGCACUGGACUGAGACCUGGGGGAGGAGUUGGGUGUCCUCUGGCAGCUGCCUCUUGACUGUAAUAAACAUUUUUUAAAAAUAA